AUGCAUAGAAACGAUGCUGAAUCGGAUGAAUAUAUUGAAACAGCCUAUUCAUAUGAAAAAGCUCGUUGGUUACAUCUAUUUCAAGUGAAUAAAUCUUUAAAAUUAGUACGUGAAAUGCAACAACGUGUAGAAGAUACAAAAGGUAUUGUUCUAUCAUCAUUAUCACAAGAAUGUCAAGAAUUAGCUGUUCGUUGUGAUUGUACAUCACUUUCAUAUAUAUUUGCAUUACCUGAAUGUUAUACUGAAGCUCGUCGAGCUAUAAUUGCUCUGCAAACUUGGUUAAUUGAAGAUACAAAAUAUACAUCAUUUAUUCAAACGUCCUUGAAAGUACUUGAUGAAAAAUAUAUUGAAGCAAAAAAAAUAUUUGAAUUGGGUAAAGCACAUCUUAGUCAAGCUGAGCAUCGAGCUGAUUCAUUUCGAAUACAAUUAAAUAAAGCUGAACAAGAAAAUGAAAUAAAUGAAAAAAAACUUGAAGAACUUGAAGAACGUCUAAAUACAAAAGAACGUGAUUAUUUAUCUAAACGCUUAACAUUCGAAGUAUAUGAAGAUCAACUUAAAAAAAUGCUUAAAGCUGCUGAAGAUAAAAAUGAUGAUAUUGAUAAUCAUUUAUCAAUUGAAAGAUUUCAACAAGAAGUAAAACAAUUUUUAAAAGAAUUACCAAAAUUAAAAUCACAAAUGGAUGCUCUACAAGGACGUAUUGAAUUUUUAAAACAACGUAAACAAGAAUUAUUAACAAUGCGUACUGAAUAUAGAAAACUUAAUCAUGAUGUACAAUUAGCAUUAGAAGAUAAAAUUCUUAAAGAAAAUGAAUUUGAUCGUGUGACAAAUUGUCGUCAAGUUAUACGAAAUAUAUAUAAAUGUCGUGCAACUGAUGAUUUACCACAAAAAAUUUUUUAUGCUUUACCUGUUAAAUCAAAAAAUUCCGGUGAAGAUUAUAAUGAUGAUCUUUCAAAAGCAAUGCGUCUUACAUCAAAAUAUAUAGGACGUGAUUGGAGUCGACUUUAUUGGCAAUUACCAUUUUAUCCGUUACGUGGUAAAGAAGAAGUAUCAAAAGAUAUUAAUUAUAUUGAUGAUAAAUAUCAUCGUGGUGAUGUCUAUCGAGAUCAAGCAACAGAUGUAUUAAAUAAAUGGCGACGUUUUCAUACACGUGCAAAACUUGAAGAUUUAAUUCAAGCACUUCGAUAUAUACAUCGUUUUGAUAUUAUACAAAUAAUUGAUCGAUGUAUACUUAAACCAAAACGUUUAUUACAUAAAGAACAAGAAGAAAUUGAUCCACGAAAAAAAGAAAUUGAAGAUUUAAAUCGAAAAUUAAAUCGUUUAUUUGAAAAAAUUCAUACAGGAGCUAUAAAAACACAUGACACUUCAUGA